AGCGUUGGGUAUGACCCAAUCGUCGAACUCGAACCUACCCACCAUCAUAAACCUGUCAACCCAUUAACCUGCUACCUGCAAAUACCACUCCAGCCUGCCAAUCCCUUUCCAACUCUCGACACUAAAUAAACGACUCCUGUAAUUAUCCUCCGUUCUCUCAAUUGCGACACCGCCAUUUUUACACCAAUUUGAAUUAUUAGACUUUACCGGCAUUAUUGAGCAGAACUAGACAACUCCGCGAAAAUGUCGUGGGCAGGAUUCAAGAAGAAUGUCAAUCGCGCAACGACGCAGGUUAUGAUGAAGACGGGCCACGUCGAGAAAACGAACGAUCGCGAUUACGAGGUCGAGGAGAGACGAUUCAAGACGAUGGAGGCUGCCUCACUACGUCUUCAGAAGGAAGCAAGAGGAUACCUGGAUUCGAUAAGGGCCAUGACCGCUUCGCAAAUGCGCAUAGCCGAGACGAUAGAUGCCUUCUAUGGUGACGCGGGAGCUAAGGACGGCGUCAGUAGGAGUUAUAAACAAGCCGUGGAGGAUCUGGACACCGAAACCAUAAAAGCCCUCGACGGCCCAUAUAGAACGACCGUCUUGGAGCCCAUUACCAAGUUCUGCGCAUAUUUCCCCGACGUUAACGAAUGUAUCAAGAAGCGUGGCCAUAAACUCCUAGAUUACGACGCACUGCGGGCCAAGGUCAAGAAACUGGCCGAGAAGCCUGACAAGGAUGUUACGAAGCUUCCACGCACGGAGAAGGAGAUGGAAAUUGCCAGGGCCGCCUACGAACAGCUCAACGAGCAACUAUCCACCGAAUUACCUCAACUCAUCGACCUGCGGGUGCCGUAUCUCGACCCUAGCUUUGAAGCGCUCGUCAAGAUCCAACUCCGGUUCUGUGCCGAGGCUUACAGCAGGAUGGCGCAAGUCCAACAAUACCUAGACGCGGACACUAGGGAGCAGUACGCUCAAGGUGACUUGGACUCGAGAGUAGAACAGGUAUUGCAAGAGAUUCGGGAACUAAGCAUUAGCGGGACGGUUUAAGGCGGAGUGCAUUCGCGGAGUUAAAAAGGCUUUCAUUAGGCGUGGGUAAUUCUGGUAUGGGCUGGCAUUCUCACAGGUAGGCUUCGGGCGAACCACUAUACGAUUCAUGGGUUCAUGUUAGAUAUCGACAGGGAUGAGGGUCUUGCGAAUAGCAGCCGAGUACAUUUGAGACUAGAUUUGGUUAAGGUGCCUUGAGGGGAACACCUAUUAUUGUAUUCCCUACCAAUUUUAUAUGACAUCCCCUUCUGAGAUUGAUCCCUCACUCAUGUUCAACAUGUUAAUCAGUCACGCAAGACGUUAACGCGCAUACAGUGUUCAAUCAUGACUCAGGGGUAAAGUGUGUAGGUCCGGCCCUUAGAGAUGGUUUAUUUAUGUUAUACUAUUCUGAUUCCUCAAAAUGAUAUACAAAUAUUUACAGUUGCUCUCCUUUUUGAUUGCUCAGCAACAUCACUAAUGUAUACUAGAAUCCUUACUUAUCCAAAC